AUGAAGCUCGCAAACUCAUUAACAAAUAUGCUUGGCGAAUUUGUCGCUAUGCAGAAGUCACCCGAUUUUAAGCCAUGCUCUGCCUCUACACAAGAGUUGAACAGAGCUGUGAAAGAGGAAAAGAGAAGUUAUACGUUAAAGCACUGUCCAGAUAGGCCAAGGCCUCGUUUCAUGUCACUUGGCAACAUCUAUCAAGAGGUUAGCCCAAACCCCUCUGGUGAAGUGAAAAUGCGCUCCAACACGAGCGCGAGGAGGGAACGUCCUACAAGUCUUAUUGAGAGGGUCAGGCAGAGAAUUAGCCCUACCAGAAAUGAUGACGCGAUAGUUGAGGAAGAGGAAGGAGAACCUCAGUUGCUGCGAAAAACCUCUACUCGAUCUGAAAGAUUGCACAUCAUCGUGUCCUAG